AUGGACAACUUACCCCUCGAACUCUUCGAGCAGAUCAUACUCUGCUUGACCUUUGGCCCGGAGAUUCAGUCAAGCUGUACCGACCUCCUCGCCCUCUCCCUAACAGACCAUCGCUAUCAUGCCAUAACAGCACCCUACCUGGCGGCCCAACUUGACGCAAUCCUCAACUCCACGGAUCGCCCACCAUGGGUCGUCUUUCCCGAGGUGGUCACCAAAGCAUUGCCCUUUCCCCCAAACAGAAGAGAAGUGGUGAGGACGAUGAACGAAUACAUGGACAGCAUCCUCUCGCCAUUUUCAUGCCAUGUGCCACCCAAAAUGGCGCCUGGCUUCCAGGCUUGGGCUUUCCGUAAGACUGCGCCACGGGAGCCAUACCUUUUGCCUUGCGCGAAGAAUGGCUUUCGCUGGGUCUCACCGCAGGCCCAUGAGAGAGCCUUUUGGACCGUCGAAGAUUGUAAGCGUAGCGAAGUUGAAGGUAAUUGGAUCGAAGGUAUCUCGCAGCAUGAUUUGGAUUCUAAUCAGCCUGCGGAAGCUAUGUGCAUCGAGUACAAGAAGACAGCUAGUACAAUUGAUGUGACGCUUAGGUAUCUGGAAGAGUUGAAUGCGAUUGAGCUGAGUGUGAAGGAGAUGGACGGGAGGGUUCUGGGGCAGGAGAAGGAAUGGUGGAAAUGUGAUCUUCGCCGCCGUCGUCAAGAGUUCGACAUUGGAGUUGACGCACUCGCCUACUCAAGACUCGAAUUCACAGGGGACUCUCCAGUGAAAUUAAAUAGUCAGCUUGGUCAGACGGGAAGGAAUAAUGUCUUAUGA